UUGACUCCGGGAGCAGAUAAUCUAGUUCUUUUUCUUUUGGCAUUUUCUAAGAUGCUACGAACAUUCGGGGCAUUGUUCGCACUCUCAUCAUCAGUUUCAUUUGGUGGAUUCCGUUCCGGUAUGCGCUUUCUUAAAUUUGAUCGAUUACCCUUUUUUUUAAGGUGGAUACCGCACAUAUGGAGGUAAUGGCAUAGAACUGUUCAUCUGAAGUUCCACUCCUUAACCUCCCCUCAAUAAUAAUUUCACCUGAUCUCUAUGUACAGGUAGAAUUAAAAGGAAAAUGCUUAUAUUGAAGUCAUGCUUCAAAAAUACUGCAAAAUAUAAUGGCUUAUACUGGUUCUCUCGCUGUUUGACAGCUAGAAGAUUUGUAACAUCUCUUAGACCGUCAAAUGAAGAUCAAUUGAUCAGGGAUGUAUUUGAUCAAAAGUGCUAUGGGAAUAACUAUAAAUUCGCAAAAAAAAUAGAGCAAGUUGGGCUGUUUAAAAAUCGAUUUUUACUUGAUAAAGAUCAAGGAUUUAUCAGGUUAGCUGAAAUUGCGUCUAUGAACUGUAAAAAGCUUAUUGAAGAAAUUUUGAAUGAUGACAGUAAUAAUACUUUAAACAUAAUUCGCUGUUUUGACCGAAUUUCAAAUUUGCUUUGCAGCGUAAUUGAUCUUUUAGAAUUUGUGCGAUGCUCUCACCCUAAUACGGAAACAAUUCUCAAAGCCGAAGAGGCUUAUAACUUAUUAUUUGAAUUGAUGAAUAUAUUGAAUACACAUCAGGGACUCUACAACAAGUUACGAGAAUCAGUAUCACUUAGUCCAGCUUUAGCCAAAUUAGAUUCUGAAGCUUACAAUGUCGCGAAAGUUUUUUUACAAGACUUCGAAAAGUCUGGUGUGAAUCUUAAUGAUUCGUUAAGAAAGAAAUUCGUAAAACAGUCCAUGGAAUCAUCAACAUUAGGAAGGAGAUUUUUUAACCAGAGCAUGAACAAACCCCAGCGAUACAUUUCAGUUCCUUUGGAAGUUUUAGGAGGCUCUGAUCCAUACUUUGUUAGUUGCGUCUUCGACGAAAAACAGAAAUUAGCUAAAAUUCCAACAGUUGGAUACGAAGGAGCACAAGCUCUCGUUAGUAUUGCUAAUCCUGAAGUUCGUAAGCAAAUAUAUAUUCAAGGACAUUAUGGAACUGAACAUGACCUCUCUCUUUUUGAAUCUUAUAUGGACUCUAAAAACAAGCUUGCGAAAAUAGUUGGAAAGGAUAGUUUCGCUGAAUUACAACUGCUCGACAAAAUGGCACAAUCACCUAAUUGUGUUAUCAACUUCUUAGAAAAUUUGUCAAAAAAGAAUUUGCCCAACGUACGCAAGAUACAUUCUGUGUUUUCUAGAAUGAAACAAAAGGAAUUGGGUCUAACCACCCAACCAGAAAUAAAUAUAUGGGACCGAGAAUACUAUGUUACGAGAUAUAAGCAACAGCUAUUUCAAGAGAAAUCAUUUCUUACUUCAUCUGUCGCCUAUCAAAGGAAUUAUUUGACUGUUGGUACCGUUAUACAAGGGUUAUCACGAUUGUUUAAUUCCUUAUAUGGUUUACGAUUUGUUCCAGCUGAGGUGAUGCCUGGAGAGAUUUGGGAUCCAGAUGUACGCAAAUUGAAUGUUUUAGAUGAAAAAAAUCAUCUAAUAGGUACCAUAUAUUUUGACCUGUUUAUUCGUCCAGGGAAGACUGAUGGUGCUGCACAUUUUACAAUCCGUUCCUCUAGAGAACUAGACAGAUUUAGCAUUAAUGAUUCUUUGAGCUUAGGAUUUGAUGACUACGUAUCCGAAAAAAAUCAGAAAACUGCAUACCAAAUUCCUAUAAUCUCGCUUUUGUGUAACUUUCAGAAGUCGAAUGAUAACAAUGCUUCCUAUCUUGAUUUAUGGGAUGUUAAAACGUUGUUUCAUGAGAUGGGCCAUGCUAUGCACUCCAUUUUAGGAAGAACCAAAUAUCAAAAUUUGGCUGGUACACGAUGUGCAACUGAUUUUGUUGAACUACCUUCAAUUAUUAUGGAACAUUUCAUGGCAUCCUCUGAGGUGUUACCCUUAUAUGCUCGACAUUAUCAGGAUGAUAAGCCUUUCCCUUCUCAAAUUCUAGGACACUAUAAUCAAGUUGAGGAUAGCUGUGUGGCGCUGGAUCUGCAAUCGCAAAUAUGCAUGUCCAUGAUCGAUCAAGUCUUUCAUUCAGAUACUGUCUCUGAUCCUGGUUAUAGUUCCAAUGAUGUAGUUCAUCAAAUCAGUAACCGAUUCAGUGGAUUUGAAUCUGUUCCAAAAACUUCUUGGCAUCUUCAAUUUAGUCAUUUGUACGGAUACAGUGCAACCUACUAUUCAUACCUUUUCGACACCGCUUUGGCUUCUUUGGUAUUCCGUAAGCUAUUCUCUAAGAAUCCUCUGAGUCGUGAAGCCGGUGAAAAAUUUCGAAAUACAAUAUUAAAAUGGGGUGGAAGUCGUAAUCCCUGGGAAUGCAUUGCUGAAGCGUUAGAAGAUCCAAUCUAUGCUGAAGGUGGAGAAAAAGCUAUGCAGAGAAUUGGAAAUAAUGCCUUUAAUAUGAGCGAAAGGAAAAGUUAAUGAUUAUAAUACCUGUCAUGCGUGAAGAUAAUAAAAUAAAAGAGUCUAUUUUGAAUUUUGUAGCUAUGAAUUUUUUUUUUUUCUAUUUGUCUAAAGAGUGUCAGGUAAAAUCGUAGGGUUUGAAGUACGACUUAAAGUCUUCUGCAUCUUUUUUUUCCUCCUCUUCAGUUUGACUACAAAGUCUCCAGUCUACUCUAUCCUCAAUACCCAAAAUUUUUGCAGUGACUCGUCUCCCAAACUGCAAAUCAAAUCUUUCUCGUAAGGACAAUGUAUGAACGAGAAUCUCACCAGUUGGAAGGAAAACUCGAAAAUAGUUUAACUCAUGGGAUCGGAGAUCACGAUGUUCGAAAGCAAACCCAGAUUCUUUAGCUUGAUUGGUAAAAUAGUCUAAAGCCUUCGACGAAAGAGCCUUGGGAAUAGGUAUAACCUGCCAAUGCACAUGUACACCAUUUGCCCUACUGAUCUCAUAUACAAUCGCAUCAGAAUUGUGCUCAUUAUACAUCAGGGUAACAGCUUCGCGAAAACGAUGUAAUUCUUCAACAGUAUUUUUAUAAGAGGUAUCUGAUAGCAAACUCAAAGCAGAAGUAUGAGCAAUAGGGAUAAUUAAUACAUGAGCAGGAAACGGAAGCUCAGGUACAUUGGUAUCUUUGGUGGUAAGAGGACCUUUUGGUAAAGCUAAGGAAGUAAAAGAGAUGAAAUUAGCUUAAAUUCUUACGCAGCAAAAAUUUUAGAGAACGCAUAUAUUAUUACUAACAUACCCAUAUAAGCUUCAUUGCCAAUAGCAGCGAUUAAAUGAAGAGAAAUAGAGGGAUUACUAAGGCAAAAGAAGCAAGCAUCAGCUAAUAAAUAAGUAAAUUAGUUACGAUGAAAAAACCGCAAUGAGGGAAAGCGUAACUCACGUCCAACUUUAGGCUUCUUAAAUCUAGCGAAUCCUGAUUCGGUCGAGAUAGGACUAUCGGGGGGAGGGAUGACUUGUUCACUUGAGGCACGCUUGAGAGGAAUGGGUCUCAUAACAAAGGGUGAAGCAGUACAAUUUGGAGGAAUAUCUCUCACGUACUCAGAGGUUAAGGGGUUCAGGGUAAAGGCGUAAGCGAAUUUUUCACCAACCGAGUUUUUAAAAGGAGCAAUGCCAAAAAAGCGAGACACAGUACCAGCCUGAACGUUUACCGCACAGUUCCUAUAAGGCUCACGUUCAUAAUACACAGGACUUGGUACGAAGAAGUAUUGAGGCAUACAGUUUGCUGCCAAGGCAGCCACGGGAGCACAACCAGAAGGAAGGUUUCUAUGAGGUAAAGUAGAAUUAUUUUGAACAUUUUCGGGCCAGGAGUUAGAAAAAAGAACGUCACAUCGCUUUGAGAGAGUUUGGACAUCGGUAAUAUGGAAAGAGCGUUCGGUCAAACUCUUUUCACGCUUAUUCAUAGGUUCAUUGUAUUUAACCUCAUCGUAAGUACCACCCAGUUGAGCGAUGGUAAAACGGGAAUAAGUUUUCAUGAAGCCGCAAAUACCCAUGCAAAAGAGAUUAGGACAGACUUCAGGGCCGAACAUAGCCAUAUGGGAGGUCACUGACUCGGGCAUGCCAGCAGAACCAACACCGAAAUAAACGGGCAAGGGGACUGUUGUUAACGUUAGAAGAUGAUAAUUCAAAAGGAGAAAAUAUACGCUUACCCAAAAACUUUUCGCUCUUUAGUUUAGAAACAACCGCGGAUGGGGUCUUUCGAGUAAAAAGGUUACCAAGGCAAAUGGCAAACUUGAAAUUAUGAGUUUUAU